GGCGACGGGAUCCAUAAGUUGCAAAGAUGGAUGAUUACAUCAUCGAGUUGGAUGGAGGAAGUGACUGUGUACACAAGUCAGCCGGCAAACGUUCCCUCGGAUUUGACCGCAACAUAGAGUAUACCAGCAAGGACGAUCUCUUAAAACUUGGGCAGUUCAGCUACAACUCUGAUCAACAUCCUGAUGAUCUGGACGAUCAGACCUACGUGGAGCAUGCGCCUUACAUCGACGUUGCCGCAAAUGUGGAGCCCGUUGGAGUCGCGGAGGAACAACAGAAUUGUCUCAGUUAUAAUCUAUACUCAUGUGUCUUCGGCCUUUCAAAUGAAUGAGUACCACUGUAGUGGUAUUUUUCAUCAUUGAAGUGAUAGUGCAACAAAUAGUUCUAUCACUU